CUCUCUCUUCUAAGUAUGUUUCUGGAAUUUGUCAUCACAUAAAGAAGCAGUAAUCAGCAGUGGAGGAAUAAGAAUUGCAGAAUUCAUUUGCUGCAUAUUUUAUAUUUACAUAAAAUUGGCCAGUGAAGAAUUGAAAAUUUUCCAGUAUUUAUUCAUGUAAUGAUCGGAGGUGUUAGGUAUACAGCCACUACGUUUUCUGCUCGGCGGCGGCGGCGUUAGUUUAAAUGGAACCAGAAGAAGAGCCGGAGCACAAGCGCCGCCAUCUCGACAACAACGGCUCUUCAAUGGCUCGCCACUCUUCUUCUCCUCCUCCUCCCGACGACAACAAACCUGUUGAUACUGCAGUUCUUCAAUACCAGAACCAGAGACUUGUACAACAGUUAGAAACACAGAAGCAAGAGCUACAUAAUCUCGAAUCCAAAAUCAAAGAAGUAAAAGAGAAACAAACUUCAUAUGAUGAAAUACUGAUAAAAGUGAACCAACUCUGGAACCAGUUGAUUGACGAUAUAAUUUUACUUGGAGUACAAGCUGGGGCUGACCAAAGUUCUUUGCAAAUUUUGGAUCAUGCUAAAUUUUCUCGAGGCUCUAUUCCAUCAUGUCCUGCGGAGUAUAUAUUUCUUUGUAGGGUACUAGAAACAGGUGCUAUUGAAAGCAGCAGAAAUGAUGGAUCAAUUGGUUAUGUUAAAGAAGCUCUUGCAUCACGUCAGACCUCUACAAGAGAGUUGAUGAAAUUACUUGAAGAUGCUAUUGAUUCUCAGAGAGCCAAGUUUGAGGGCAUAGCUCAGAAUUUACUUCAGAAACCAUCUUCAGAAGAUGCUGUUAUCCAAUGGCGCGAGCUUGAUGAUUUAAUCACAGAGGAGACUAGUCACCUCCAUGCGGUGGUUGAUGUGCUUCACUUAAAGCACAAGCACUAUGCUGAUGAGAUUCAAACUUGCAUUGACAACCAUUCAGUUGAUCAGCUUGAGAUAAAACGGCUUGCUGGAGAGCUGGAGGAGAGCAUGGCCGAACUUGAAGAAAGUAGAAGAAAACUAAUUAAUCUGAAAAUGCAGAAAGAUGGGGUUUCUAGCAUGCAGGUCCCAAUUCCUAUUCCGGUUAUAGUUCCUAAUGUUGCAAACGGAAACGCUUCUCCUGAAAAGCCUGCCGAUAGGUCGAAGCGUUUACGAGAACUGAAAGAAUCUAUUGAGGAGAUAAAGGUACUAGCAGAGGAUCGGCUUUCUGAGCUUCGUGAUGCACGGGAGGACAACUUAAUUCUGUCAAAUCAACUGCAGCAUCUUCAGAACGAACUGAAGGAAGACAAGUAUGUUUAUGCAUCUCGCCCUUACUCCUUGGCAAAUGAUCAGCUUCAACACUGGAAUGCUGAGGCAGAGCGUUAUAAAACAUUAGCGGAGUCUUUGCAAGCUGAAAGGCCUUUCAUCGUGCGAAGGGAAAAAGACUUGAUUGCAAAAACAGAGUCUUUAGAGGCUGCAAGGGCUGCAAUAUAUAUUUCCGAGACAAAGGUUGAAGAACUAAAGAAUCAGCUGCAAACCUGUGUCAUCGAGAAGAAUGAGAUGGAGAUGAAAAUGGAAGAAUCUCUUCAAGAUUCAGGAAGAAAAGAUAUCAAAGACGAGUUUCAGGUAAUGGCAUCAGCUUUAUCAAAAGAAAUAGCAAUGAUGGAAAGCCAAUUGAACAGGUGGAAACAAACAGCUGAUGAGGCUCUCUCCUUGCGCGAAAAAGCCCAAUCACUCAGUGCCUUACUAGACUCAAAGACUACUGAAUUGAAGAAUUUGUCUAACGAAUGUGCUCGGCGGACGGAGGAGAUCAAGUCUUUAAAGGACAUUACUGAGAAAAUGCAGAAGGAAAAGCAAGAGCUGGAAAUUUUCUUGGAUAUGUUUGGUCAGCAAAUUUAUCAUAAUAGAGACUUGACGGAGAUCAAAGAAUCCGAACGUAGAGCUCACUUACAAGCUGAAACUUUGAGGAAUGCAUUAGAGGAACAUAGCUUGGAAUUGAGAGUCAAAGCAGCUUAUGAAGCUGAGUCAGUGUGUCAGCAGAGGCUUUGUCUUGCUGAAGCUGAAAUGGCUAAAUUAAGGGCUCAGUUAGAUGGUGCUGACAGAGAUGUUUUAGAGGUUAAAGAAGCCAUCGCAAUCAAAGAAGCAGAGUCAGAGUCCUAUAUAUCUGAAAUUGAGACUAUUGGUCAAUCCUACGAAGACAUGCAGACUCAAAACCAGCAUUUGUUGCAGCAAGUGACUGAAAGGGAUGAAUACAAUAUAAAGCUGGUAUCUGAGAGUGUGAAAGCAAAGCAAUCACAGAGCAUAUUACUCUCUGAGAAACAAGGGUUAGAAAAGCAACUUCAACGCCUUAAUGGAUCUCUUGAAUCUUUGAAGUCGAGGAUAGCUCAAAGUGAGGAGCAGAUGAAACUUCACCACCAAGAAACUUUAAGUUCCAUUCAAGAAGACAGGCACAUGGCAAUGAAUCUCGAAGCUACAAAGUGGGAAUUAGCAGAUGCAGAGAAAGAACUGAAGAUGCUGAAAUCCGCUGUAUUAUCAUCUGAGAAGGAACACGAACAGAUUCAGCGAAACGUAGAUGAAAUCCAAAUCGAAUUAGAUAAUGAAAGAAGCGAGCGAAAGAAGCUUGAUGAAGAAGUGAUGGAGGUGAAUAGAACAAUAGACGAGUUGACUUCCGAAAACGGCGAGGCUGCAAUACAGAAACUCCAGGAAGAGAUUAAAGAUUGCAAAGGUGUACUCAAAUGUGGGGUGUGUUUUGAUCGGCCCAAGGAGGUUGUGAUAGUGAAGUGCUUCCAUUUGUUUUGCAAUCAAUGCAUCCAAAGAAAUCUCGAAAUCAGGCAUCGCAAGUGUCCCGGCUGUGGAACUGCGUUUGGGCAGAACGAUGUUCGAUUCGUAAAGAUUUGAGAAGGGAGUUGUUUCAUUACAUGUUUCCUACUAAAGUAUUUGGUUUAAGGUUAGAUAGAGAUAUAUUAUAUAUAGGCUGCUGUCUCCAUUAAUCUUGGAGAUCUUUAGUGGGAGAAGUUCAGUAGGAAUUUUUUAUUUAUUUAAAAUAUAUAUAUGUUGUAUUAAAAGCUUGUAAAUUACUAAAGUAGAGUUUGAGAAAAAUGCUAUUGUUGGUAUUUGUCAAUUUAUCUUUAUGAAA